AUGGCAAUUGACCCGAAUUGUCCUGCCCGUAGCAAGAAAUGUGAUGCAUGCGACGAGAUUGGACAUUUUGCAGUCUGUUGCAAAACAAAGGGACGCAAACCUCUUACAAGAGAUGACGAGGGAAGGAAUAAUACAGGGGGUAGAGCCUAUCAACUAUCAGAGGAUUCAGCCACUGGCCAACAAGAUUAUCAUGCAUUUGCAGUUGGAGUCGGUCAGCCUACAAGUGGUAGUGAAGUUGACUUGAAGUGUGGAGGAGUGACGCUACCAGCGGUACUCAUUGAUUCUGGAGCGUCGUGCAAUGUGAUUGACCAAGCAACCUGCGAAGUUUUGAAGAAGAAGAGUGUCCAGUGUGAGUCCAAGAAAUCAAGCAAAAAGUUGUUUGCUUAUGGACAGAAAGAUCCUAUUGAGUUGAUUGGGACGUUUGUGUCUGAGAUUAUGUGCGAGAUCAGUGGCAACAGUUGUGUGGACUAA